UUGCUCAAAGCCAUGUAUAUUGAAGAAUAAAUAUGUUUUAUUGCAAGAGGCGCGUCCCUUGUUUCUCUGCGCCAGUGUACACAAAAUGGCCGCCGUUUCUCCUACAGAAACGCCUCAAAUGUGUCGAUACCGUACGAGUCAGACGAGGUUUAGCGUCUUGUGCUCAAACGUUGGAGUUUUUACUAUGCGAAUGUACUCUCGGUGGUGAUUUUGACGCGGUAUUUUUACUGAUAGACGGUUUACGGAGUACAAAGGAGUCACGUGAUCACUGUGCAACCCGCCAUUUUGAUGGUUUUUCUGACGGCUGCGCGAAGGUGCAGUACUCCGCAAAGGCCACAGGGGUCUCCGCGCUCCCACUCGGCAAUCACCAAUUAACACCCAUCAAAACCAACAUAGGCCUCCAGCACCGCAUACUGGUGCAGAAUUGUCUCAUGCCUCAACGGUCCACAGUGUCAGAACAAAAAUACACUCAGUCAGUAACUUAGUAAAGGUGGUUGUCAAGAUGGGAACAGUAUCUUGAAUGGCAUGUGUAUUAUUGACAUAGGACAGAGGAAGACUAUGUGGUAUGCUGGUAUCCAUUAAAUGAAAUCAGGGAUGUACACGAGGCCUUGUUUUAUCAAAACACAGCAGGUUUAUACCAUUUGUAAAACAGGCCCAUCUAACGUAUCAUGAGCAAACAUACACGUUUUUUAUGAUAUGUCCUCAGUUUCUAAUGUUGAAAUAUUUUGACGUGAAAAUGUUAUUCGUGUAUUUUUGUGUUUGCUAAUUAUUCAGUUGUCUUUAUUUAAACUACAUUGAUUGUACUAAUUUCACUUAUGUUCAUAAGUGCACUAGAAUAAAUCUAGUGAUCUGCAUAUCUCUGGCAGUAAAUGAAUGGUUUUCCACACAGAUCUGAUGGCUUGUGUGCAAUUAUGUCGGGGAAUAAACACAUUUUUAAUGCAUAUAUAUUUCUAAUAGGGCCACAAAGAUAAAUUUAGCCCCAGAUGUGCUGUUCUGUGAGAGAAAGCAAAAAGUGAAGCUGUAAGGUGUUUUAUAUUGAGAAAGUAGUUUGUGAUGAUUUUUUCUCAGUCUGAAUGCAGUUGUCAUGCACGGCAAUGAUGUGUCAUGUUGACACACUGGAAUGUAACUAUGGUAGCUGAGACAUUACCAAAAUGGGGAAACAAACCCUUUAUUUCACAAUGUUUGGCUUUCAUGAAGUUUAUUAAACAUGCAAUAUCUGUCUAUAAACGUAUCCAUGCAGGUGAGACACGUCAUUUUGUUGAGAUCUCAGCUUGCUCUCCCCUGUGUGGAUGUGCUUGUGAGAGAAAAAAUGAGGUUGAGAGAGAGGUCAGUUUCUGAAUUGUGGUUGGGACAUGUGUGGUUGUUUGUGCUUGCACGGUAACGUUUUGUUUGGAACGUUGUGGUUUGGGACAUGUGUGGUUGUUUGUGUCUGGCAGAUCUAGUUCUGCCGGGCUAUGGUUUACCUGCAUGGUGGGAAUGUUUGCUAGCCACACUUGUGUGUUUGUAUAUGUGACACGUUUAAGUGGUGAAACUGUAGAUUCAAAGCAUUGGACUGUGUUGAACAUCUUGUUUUCAAUACGUUUGUUUUGAGGUAAGAUUUUAGAGGGGUUAUUGAGUGUCUGACAAUUAUGAUGAUGUGAUUAGAUGUGAAGUUACUCAACCCUAUUUGCAAAUGUCUAUCACCUUGUUACUGAAGCAGCUCGUAAAUCCAUGCUAAAUAAAAACCAAUGCAAAGGUGUAUUUAGAAUAAGCAAAGAAUCUUGCAACUAAAAUAUUCAUGGCUUAUUUAGUAGAGGUGCACCGAUUGACCGGCCAGAGACCGGAAUCGGCCGGUUUUUCGUAUGAUCGGCCGGAUCGGUGACCGGCCGGUCAGUCUCGCCGAUUUCAAGCCGAUCUUCUGUUGCUCGUGAUGCGGGCAAGAACGUCACAGCCGGCAGUACACUCAAAGCCGCAAGUAAACAUGUAAACGUGCGCGCCCACAGCCUGUCUUUCACGGCUCGUUUAUACUCGCAUGUGUGUCCACCGGACCGCGAGUCUCUGCUGACUGACGCGCAUCUCUCAUGUCCGCUGACUGCACGCGCGUGCACACGCAUCAUGUACUGUACAGAGUGUAGUUCAUCUCUCGCUGCUCCGUCUACAUGGGAGCACCAUCUCCAGCGGGCCAUCUCUGCCCAGCAGGUGUAUGGGGAGAAGAGGGAUAACAUGGUGAUUCCUGUCCCAGAGGCCGAGAGCAACAUCGCCUACUAUGACUCUCUCUACCCAGGGGACUUCAAAAUGCCCAAACAGCUCAUUCACAUACAGCCGUUCAGCCUCGACACGGAGCAGCCGGAUUAUGAUCUGGACUCUGAGGAUGAUGCAUUUGUAAAUAAGAUGAAGAAGAAGAUGGAUUUGGGUGCCCUGCAGUUUGAGGAGAUGAUUGACCGGCUGGAGAAAGGCAGUGGACAACAGCCGGUUUCUCUGCAGGAGGCCAAGCUCUUGUUAAAGGAGGAUGAUGAACUGAUAAAGGAGGUGUAUGAAUACUGGAGCAAGAAGAGAAAAGCAUGUCAGAGUGGCUCUGUGAUCCCUGUUGUCAAACAGGAGAGGCGUGACAGCUCCAGCACCAAUGACCCUUAUGUGGCCUUCAGACGCAGGACAGAGAAGAUGCAAACCAGGAAGAACCGUAAGAAUGAUGAAGCUUCUUACGAGAAGAUGCUGAAGCUGCGUAGGAACCUGAGCCGAGCCGUCACCAUCUUGGAGAUGAUCAAGAGGCGGGAGAAGAGCAAGAGAGAGCUGCUGCACCUCACGUUGGAGAUAGUGGAGAAGAGGAACAGCAUGGCUGAUUUCGGAGGUGAGGUGAUGGCAGAGGUUCUGGCUCAGAGAGCUCUGGAGAAGCCCGUCAUCCCUCUCAUCCCAAUCACAAACAGCAGCCAGUACAGACACACAGAACACGACCGGGACUACAAGUGCAAGGUGGAUAAACCAGAGGUGGUACGCCAAAAGAGGAAGUAUGAAAAGAAAGCCAAGCCAUUGCCAUUGGCAGGCUCCGCCCACUUGGGCCCGGCAAUCUUUAACACUAAGGACCUCAAUCAGUAUGACUUUCCCAGCUCGGACGAUGAACCCUUCUCUCAGAUUUUCUCUGGUUCUUCAGAGGUCGAGGAGGAGAACGACCCAGACGGCGUGUUUGGAUUUCGGAGGAGAACUGGUUGUCAAUAUCACGCUCUUUGUUCGGGACCCGCAGGGGAUUGGCCCUGGUGUGGUCCUACUAAGGGCGGGUUAGGAGAUGUACGGUAUCGCUAUUCUCUCACCACACUCACAGUGCCAAGGCGAUGCUUGGGGUUGGCACGACGACGCGUUGGCAGAGGGGGCAGGGUUUUGUUAGACCGGGCUCACUCGGAUUGGGACGAUGUGUAUCACGGGCUGGACCCGGAUUCCCCCGUACUCCGUUCGCAGUCUCUCACCCAGCAGCACAGCAUGGAUACCUCACAUACCAGCACUGAUACCUCCACCCCCUCCUCAUCUCCACCCAACCUCUCGCAACUCCUGCUCAACAUUAAAGCCUGUCGCUGGAGGCAUUUCAAGCCUCGGACGCCAGACAACCCUGACAAUCCCGAGCACUGGUCUGCACGAAGACCCUGCCGCGGCUGCCUCAUCCGCCCAAUCAGCACGCUUCGGACACGGGGAGGCCCAACUUCUUCCAUCCGACCUGCCCCUCCGCCCACACCUGCUUUCACCACUGAACAGUACCAGCAGCACCAAGAGCAUCUCGCUCUCAUGCAGAAACAACAGCUUGAGCAGGUCCAGCUUCAGCAGCAGACUGCCAGCACUCCCAUUAACCCACAGAGUUUGGUAUCAAAGACGAUAGAUGCUGCCAGUGCUCAGUUUGCUGCCUCUGCGCUAGUGACUCCUGACCAGCUUGUGGUGCUCAAGAGCAAAGAAGAGGCAGUUUGUGUCAAUGGAGUCGUCUCAGCCUCAGGCAUCUACAAGGGCUCACACCACACAAGCUCUGCAGUGUCCUCCAUCCAUCUGUCUUCUGGCCCUACCGCCACCUCAUCCCCCUCUCCCGCAGCUGCCACCACCACUAACAAUGGAACCUCCUCGGCCAAUCAUCACGUCGGCAUGGCCAGACCCGCCCCUGCCCAGGCACUGAUGGGCGGAGCUGUGAGAGUGAGCGUGCCCUCGGCUGGCACUUUGAACGUACGGCAGUUGCAGCGUCAGCGUCAGCUCACUGUUCCAGCGUCUGCCCUGAAACUCGCCGCCAAUGCCAACAGGCCUAUCUCAAAAGUCCCCACGGGGUCGACGACCCUUGACAUAGGACCCAGGGAAAAUCACGAUCAAGAGAAACCUCCGUUAAACAGUCUGACAGACAACACAGUCGCCAUGGAGGUUACGUAGCCCCGCCCCUCGACCUAUCACCCACCAUCCCUCGAUCGAGGCGUCUCCUUUAGGUGCUAUGCAUCAUAGUGACGCUGUUUCCAUGGCAGCCGUUGGGACUUAAUUGCAAUUCUCAUCUCUUUGUUUCCAGUUUUUGUUUUUUUGUUACUGUUAAUAUCAACGUCUGUAAAUUAUGAAAUAUGGAAAUUAUUCUAUGUACAUACAUAUUUGUAAUACACCCCUUGUAUAUAACAUUACUUGAAUACAGAAAUUGUUCGUGAUGUUUUGCACUUGGGAAAAAAUCAGAAAAAAAAACUGCGAUUUUCGUAGUGUGUGGGCCGUUUGUGCGUGUCGGAUUGUGAAUGUUAGAAGGUGUUUGUGCGACUGUCUAUCUGAAUGUAUGUGUCACAUGCAUGGUGAAAAACCUGCUGUUUUAUCUAUUUAUUGUGAGGUGUUUACAGAUUUUUUUCAAUACACUGUAACCACCUGGGUUUAUGUGCAGUGUGUCUGCGUCUGCGUGUGUAGUUAAAGCUGUUUUAUGUGAACAUCUCUUGUUGGAAAAAAGCAGCAGGGGUUUCUCUCUCUUUCUCUGUUCGUCUCUUCUCAAAUGUGGCUGCUCCCACUCCACUCAAGCACUAUUUUAUUUUUUAAAUCAAUGCUGCUUUUGUAUCAUUUCUUUUUUUUGGAAAGCCCCUUUCUCAUUUAGGGGUUUCAAAUCCCUGUUGGAGUCCUUUUGGAGUUUGUGAAAUGUUUGUUUUUAUUACCUCUGUUUUUGAUGACUGAUUGUAUGUCCCUGUGCUAAAAACCAGGUCUGUUGGGUGUAACAGAAGUUCAUAAGGGAGAGGACUACAGUAUGUUUCUUUAUCAUCAUCAUCAUCAUUCCACUUUAUAUGAAAAUAAGGAAAACGAACAAAAAUGGGACGUUUUGUUUCCUGUAAGACUUUAUGGUGGCACCAUUCCUGUGGGGCCAGCUUGAGCUCUCUUCUGUGAAGAGGAUGGUACCUCACAAUGCUAUUCGUAAUUGUUUGUAUGUACCACAAUCUGAAUGCCCGUUCCAAUGGCAUCAUCUAUCUUUGAGGUGUUUUUUAAAGUCCCACCUGGAAGAAUGAAUAAAAAAACAUAUAUGACAAAAUGUUUAAUAAACCCAGGGCAUUAAGUGUUUGACCAGCACAACUCUUUCUCUGAGUCAUUACUUAUAUUUUGUGUGAACAGUUGGUUUUCACCCAUGUAGUUUUAUUUAUAGCGGUACACUGUGAACUGUUGACGGAUAUCUUAUUACAUUUAUAUGACGCUUGUAUCCAAAGAAUAUGGUAGUUUAGUAUUUUAAUAGGUAGAAUCUGAGUUUGUUUCUUUAAAUUCACAAAUUGCAUUAAUUUUGUAACAAGAACAUAUUUUGGAAGGGACACAUGCUUCUGUGUGUGGUCAAGGCACACAUGUUUACCUCUUAUUUUUUGAGAAAUGUCUUUUCAAACACGGUCAUACAUGUUUUGAAAUGGGUUGUGUAUUAAACCAUGUCAAGGUUAUGAUGCCUUGACC